AUGGACAGAGUGCCCGCUUCAGCUGGCAUCUCUCGUCUCCUGCAUCCGCAGGCCUCCGAUUUCACCGCCCCAUCCUUGUCGACCUCCUUCAAACUCGACGAGGGCUAUUCCGACGACACCAAAAGCCAGGCCGACAAUGAUCUGAAUGUCCCCUCGGACGAUGUGAUGUCUCUCCCCGACUGGGUUCUCACCCACAGUGAAGCGGAAAGAGCGGAACUUGCCUACCGUUUGCUCAAAUCCCUCCGUACUUCGACUGUCGCCUCGGUCGUUGAACGACUGGAUCCCCUAUUGCACAUGGACCCCGUCGUUAAACUUCCGCCUGAAAUCACCUCCGAGAUCUUUUCCUACCUCGAUCCGCAGACUCUCCUUACAGCUUCCUUGGCCUCCCGUUCAUGGCGAAGCCGCAUCUUCGACUCCCGUCUCUGGAGAGGGCUCUACAAUGAGGAAGGAUGGCGUGUGGAUAUUGACGCAAUCCGCAAUUUUGAACAGGAGUACUCCGAAUCUGUGUCCGCUUCAGUUCGCAAGGCCCGCACACGACAUGCCGACUCGGAUCUCGGGGAACCCAAGCUGAAGAAGCGCAUGCCGUCAAGCUGGACAGGGAGUAAUGGAAGCAGCACUCCCGCGACCGGGCGCACGGGUGAGCAGAAUGGGCCAGUGGAAGAUCAUGAAGGCGACCAGCAGAUGGGCGAUGCCUUGAUUGAUCAGUACGCGUCGUCUUCUGCGCCCGUCGGAAAAAGUCAAGACGAGUUCACCCUGUCCAAAUCUAUCGCACAGCUUCCCCUGGCCAUCCAACCCCCGCUGAAAUCAUCCAUCUUGGUCAGAAACCCGAAUGGCACCGUCAAGAUCAACUGGCUUCAUCUCUACAAGCUGCGUCGACGACUCGAGGAAAAUUGGGUCAGAGGUCGAUACACCAAUUUCCAGCUCCCACACCCAUCUCACCCAGAAGAGGCCCACCUGGAGUGCGUCUACGCGAUUCAGUUUGAAGGAAAAUGGCUUGUUAGCGGCAGUCGAGAUCGCACGGUUCGAGUAUGGAAUCUGGAGACAAAACGGUUAUGGCACCGUCCUCUUAUUGGUCACUUGAAAUCAGUCUUGUGCCUUCAGUUUGACUCAAGACCAUCUGAGGAUGUCAUUAUUUCCGGGAGUAGUGACAAGAAUGUUAUUAUAUGGCGGUUUUCUACUGGCGAGAAAAUCCAUCAAAUCAGCAACGCCCACGACGAUUCGGUCUUGAACCUCAGAUUCGACGAGCGCUACCUUGUUACAUGCUCUAAGGAUAAACUUAUCAAGAUAUGGAACCGUCGCGCCCUCACGCCACUUGACGAGGACUAUCCUAAAGUAUCCCCCAGGCCUGGAGUUAGGUACCCAUCGUACAUUAUCGAUACUACCGAAAUGCCAUCCCCAGUUGUGGAGGCGGAGUUGGCCAACGGUCACAUUCGGAGCUUGGAACCCCAUUCGCUUUUGAUGACAUUGGAAGGCCAUGGGGCUGCAGUCAAUGCCAUUCAAUUGAACGGCAACGAGAUCGUUUCUGCAUCUGGAGACCGACUUAUCAAGAUCUGGAAUAUCCAGAAGGGUGGCUGCACCAAGACCCUCAUGGGCCAUGAGAAGGGAAUUGCAUGUGUUCAGUUCGAUAAUCGCCGCAUUAUUAGCGGGAGCAACGACGAUACAGUUCGCAUAUUCGACUCUACUACUGGAGCACAAGUGGCUUGUUUGCACGGACAUGCGAACUUGGUCCGCACUGUGCAAGCCGGAUUUGGUGACCCUCCAGGAGCUGAGGAGGCGAUGAGGCUGGAAGCAUUGGCUGUAGACAACCGAUUCUUGCAAGCCCAUGAGGCUAACGCGGAGGGCGUCGGGCUCGGCCCGUCUGCCCUCAGACGGGCGGGAUACACUCAAGAUACAACUGGAUCCAGAGAUCCCAGGGAUGUCGGUGCUAUCGGUGCUGCGCUCCCACCUGGCGGAGGAGGGAGCAGAUGGGGCAGAAUUGUUUCUGGCUCUUAUGAUGAGUGUAUCCUCAUCUGGAGCAAGGACCGUCAAGGCAAAUGGGUCACUAGCCAGAAACUCCGACAAGUAGAAGCCGCAGCUGCAGCAUCCACUUCACAGGCCCAGUCCCCUCGUACAGCAAGAACCACCAUGACUCGUUUGGCUCCGGGACAAGGAGGCCCUGCGCCAAACAACAACGCCAUUCCACAACAGGGAUCGGCAAAUCCACCUAUAACGAACGGCCAGCAAGGGGCAGCUCCGGCCCAGGGCAUUCCCAAUUUGCCCCUUCCGCCUGGGCCGGCGUCUAAUCGACCUCUUGUCCAACCCGUUCCAGCUCAUCACCACCACCACGUGCAUCAUCCUCACCCGCUUCCACACCCUCACUUGAACCGAGCCCAACCUCCCCAGCCAACAUCAAGGGUUUUCAAACUUCAAUUCGAUGCACGAAAGAUCAUCUGCGCCAGCCAAGAUCCCAGGAUCGUUGGAUGGGAUUUCGUCGGCAAUGACGAAGAGCUCGAGGAAGCCUGUCAAUUUUUUCAAGGGCUAUGA